AUGACUGUAUUGAGUGAAGCAGAAUGUCGAAUUUUCCAUCAACCAAGCAUACAAGAUGCUUUCAUUCAUGAUUUGGACACACCUGAAGCAGCGGAUUUUCUAGAAACUGCUGGGUAUUUUGACGAAGAACAAGUUGAAAUGAUUCGAAAUCGGGCUUCUCGUCUUGAAAAAUAUCGUGAAUUUCUCCGUGCGUACAAAAGGAAAUGUUCUAGCUUUGCACCAAUUUUUCAAUAUUUUGACUUCUCAGGCCAGGAACAUUUAAAGAACAUGCUUCAAGAAGGAUUACCUGGUUCGAGGUUUUUAAAGCUUGAUCGAUUACCUAGCGCCACAAAAACCGUCCCGGAUAAUAUGGACAAAUUAUUGAAACGAAAACUGUUGAUGGGCAAUGUACCGACGUCAAGACAUCUCAUCAAAAGAGAAAUCACCAAUCAACUGGCCGAGGCAUUACGAGAAAACUCGCUUUCAGAUGGUUUCAUCGUUGCUGUACAUGGAUGUGCGGGUGCUGGGAAAACGUCGUUGGUGGCGCAGUGUCUCGAGGAUCAUCCCGAUUUGCUCACCCAACACUACGAUUCGGUCAUUUGGAUUCCGGAUUCUGGGGAAACGAAGAAAAAGCUGCACACCUUUCAGAUGGAUCUUUUAAUGUUGUUGAGAGAGGAUUUGGAUUUCUCGUGUGAGAAGAUGGUCUCACCGAAAGCUGUCAAAGAGAUGGUGAUCGACGCUUUGUUAGACUGGCCAAAUGUGUUGAUCGUUGUCGACGAGGUGAUCAACGAGGAGUGUUUAUUGUGGCUUGAUCGAUUGAAUUGCCGGAUCGUGAUCACGACGCGCGAUGUCGAUUUUCUACGAUCGGCCGCUACGCUUCCUUUGAGAAAACUGGAAGUUCUUCCCAUGAACCAAGGGGAAAUCACUGCCUACUUACAAUACAAAGGAAUAUCAGGAAGCUUUUGUGAUAAAGUGUAUGAAGCAACCGAUGGAAUACCGGCACUAAUAUGCCAACUAAUAACGUUAGCGGAUGGUCGGGAUGAGCGCUUAUCGGAUAUUUGUGAGCUAUUGAGAACGAAAGGAAUGGAUGCACUUCGAUGUCGAUCACUUUACAAGCACGAAUCGAUGAGUGACACUUUACGGCAGUCUUUGAGAAACACCCCUGAAUCAUUGCAAGAUGCCUUGAUUUGGUCAGCAUUCAUGCCGGUCAGUAUUUGGACUCCAGUGGAGGUGUGGAUGCAAUUCAUCCCGGUUGACGUUGAGCCGCACUCGUCGCUAAAACAAGAAGUAGAAAUUGUGCUCUCAAGACUGGCGCGACUUUCGUGGAUUUUGGAGAAACGCACCGAUCAAGUGCCCGUCUAUCGGACAUUAGCCACUUUCUCAGCGUUUCUGAAAGGGGAAAUUGAUCCCGAGCAAUGCAAGAGAGCUCGUGAAAUCAUGGAUGAAAAGCUACAAAAGGUUUCUGAUGGGGAGACCGAGGCAGACGGGACAAGCUCUCUCGAUCAACCCCACCACCUAAGAAACUUUGGCUCGGCAUUGAAAAUC